UGGCAGUCGAUAUAGCAUUCUGUUGUGGAAGAAGCACGAAAGAGCGUGCUCUCUGCAACCCAGAAAGUGCUUCUAUAUAUUCCAUAUUUUUCCACCAGUGAAUAUCAAAAGAAAAACUUCUCUUUGAGAUAAAAUUUAAUUAAAGUUGGGUGUGUGAAGUUUUCAAACAAUAUUUGUUUGAUUUUUUGUACUUGUUCAAAAACGAAUUUUUGUUUUCCGUUCAUUCUUUUGGUUUUUUGGCAAACAAGGAAAUAAGCACAAUCGUGAUAUAAGUGAAACUGAACAAUAAAACGUGAAAAAUGCUGAAGUACAUCAUUCUUAUUUUGAGUUUAGCAGAUGCAUUCUAUAUAUCUUCUGCACAGCGGCCCUUCUAUGCAUCUUCUUUUAAUCAACCAUUUGGCGGAUCUACAUCAUCUGCCAGCAGUGAUAGUAUCUCAAAAGGGGUAAAUUUUGGGAAUUUAUUGGGGAUCACAAAUACAGCAUCACAAGCACAGUCAAAAACAGAGUCUGGUGGUUCCCAAAGUGUCGCAUCCAGUGGCUCAUUAGCAAAUGACGUAAAUAUCGCUGGAUUGGGAAUUUCCAAUACCGUCUCGAAAAGUCAAUCGUCUUCAAGCACCGAUGGACAAACUAAUAAUUUUAUGCACGACCUCAACGUGGGUGGUGUGGGACUUGCAACGUCAGUCUCAGACCAGAAUAAAGGGUUUGGUGUGAAUACAUCUGGAGGAUUGGGUUUGCAACUUGAUGGUCUUAAUGUUGGUAUUGGAUCAAAGACGGAUGUUCAAAAGUCCGGUACACAGGCUAAUGCUGGAUCUUUUGCAACUGGUAGCAGUGGAAGUACAAGUGCUCAGAGUCAAUCGCAAACUAAGAAUGCAGAUUUUGGAAUUCUCGGCUUAACAUCCUCGAAAUCCCAUGCUCAGUCACAGGCAACUUCAUUUGAUGGAGAAACUGGAGCCUUUGCCGAUGCUGCUGGUAUAUCAUCCCAGACAGAAAAUCAAGAACUAGGGUCUCUUAAUACGAAACGAGGAGCGGGAUUGCUAAGUGAUCAUUCGGCACACAAAACCUACCAUUCACGUGAAAGUGAAGGCGAUCGGAAUGUUGUACACCACAAUAAAGGACCAGAAUUUAACCGUCACACUAAUGUAAAUUAUGCACCAAACCGGGAUCAACAUCAUCAUGGACACCCUCAUGAACCAUCAUCUCAUGAAUAUGAUUCAUCAUCUCAUGAAUAUGAACCAUCAUCUCAUGAACACGGACCAUCCUUUCAUAAACACGGAUCUUCAUAUCAUGGACAUGGACAUGGACCAUCUUCCCAUGAACACGGACCACCAUUCUAUGGGCACGGACCAUCAUCUCAUGAGCACGAACCAUCAUCUUAUGAAUAUGAACCAUCAUCUCAUGAGCACGAACCAUCAUCUCAUGAAUAUGAACCAUCAUCUCAUGAGCACGAACCAUCAUCUCAUGAAUAUGAACCAUCAUCUCAUAAACAUGGAUCAUUGUUUCAUAAACAAGAAUCUUCUUUUUAUGGACAUGGACAUGGACAUGGACAUGGACAUGGACAUGGACAUGGACUAUCUUCCCAUGAGCACGGACCACCAUUCCACGGACACGGACCAUCUCAUAAGCAUGGACCUUCAUUCCAUGAACACGGAUCUUAUGAACAUGGACCAUCAUCUAAUGAGCACGGACCACCAUUCCAUGGAUACGGACCAUCUCAUAAGUAUGGACCUUCAUUCCAUGAACACGGAUCUUAUGAACAUGGACCAUCAUCUUAUGAGCACGGACCACCCUUUCAUGGACACAGACCUUCAUACCAUGGACACGGACCAUCUCAUAAGCAUGGACCAUCAUUCCAUGAACAUGGACCUCAUGGAAGUUCAGAAGAAUCUGUCGAAUCCUAUGAAUCAAUUGAGUCUGGUGAAUCUCAUGAACAUUAUCCUGGAUCACAUCAUCAAAAUCAUCACCAUGAUCAUCAUCACCAUGAUCAUCAUCAUCCUGGCCCUCAUCCUGGUCCUCAUCCGGGACCUUAUCCUGGCCCUCAUCCUGGUCCUCAUCCGGGACCUUAUCCUGGCCCUCAUCCUGGAUCUCAUCAUCCUGGUGGUCAUCAACCUGGACAUCACUCCAACUCUCCAGGACAAGACUUCAAACCACCAAUUCCAUUUAAACCAGGAAAGCCUGGCGGACUUGGUGAUAAUGUACCAGAAAACCCAAAACCAAGUACUGGAUCCAUACCUCCCUUUAAGGGUAGUAGCCAAUUGCCAGGAAAUGUUCGGCCAACUGACCAAGAGUCGAGCAUUGGACCAAAUAUCGGCUCUCUGUUCCCUAACCAAGUUAAUAAUCAGCCUGGAGGAUCUGGAGGCAUUCCUCCAUUUACCCAAUCACCUAACAGCGUACCAAGUUUUCCCAGUCUACCUGAAAAUUUUCCACCAAAUACACGAACACCAAAUAUCGGGGAACUAUUCCCUAAUCAAGGCAAUACACAAGCGCCUAUAAAAAUUCCCUCUGCUACAACAAGCCCUACUAUUGAAUCACUUUUUCCGAACCUAGGUAGUCUAGAUGGAAAUACACCAACAAACAACCGAAGACCUGGAUCAAAUAUUGGAUCUCUGUUUCCUAACCAAGAUAAUAGCCAACCAAUUGAUCUCUUUCCAAACACCCAAAAGCCCAUAAAACCAAAUGAAGGUGGUAUUCUUGGAGGUAAUUCAGGUUCAGCAUCACCAUUUCCUACUCUGAGUGCAGAAAGUCCAGCAGCAUUUCCAACAUUGAGUCCAGGAGGUCCAGCAGGUCCAGCAGCAUUUCCCACAUUGAGUCCAGGAGGUUCAGCAGGUUCAGCAGCAUUUCCCACAUUGAGUCCAGGAGGUUCAGCAGGUCCAGCAGCAUUUCCUACAUUGAGUCCAGGUGGUUCGGCAGGCCCACCAGCAUUUCCUACAUUGAGUCCAGGUUCAAAUCUGAAUAUUACGCCUCUGCCUCCAACUGAAAGUAGCCAAACUUUUAAUCCAUUUGUUCCACAAGGUAGAACAGAAAAUAAGGAAAAUAAGGAAUAUAAUGGUGCAGGAGAGGGUUCUGGAUUUGAUGUCAGAGCAGAUUUUGAAAAGGGAUUUCGAAGAAAGCGUGGUGUAGAAGCUAGUGCUGAUAUUGGUGCAAGUCUUGGACUGGGCGGUCUAUUUGGAGGAAUUGGAGGUGCAUUGAAUAUAUUUGGAGGAUCAAAGGAAAAAACAAAAGAGCAUCGUCAUCACAAUCACCACCAUUCUGCACCCUAUACCGAAGUAGAUUCAGCCAAAGGAUCAUCAUUUUCUCAAGCUAGUAGCUCAGCUCAAGCAUCUUCGAGUGGUAGUGAGUUUUCCCAGGCACAGGCUAGUAGUUCAUCUCAUGGAAAUCAGCUUGGUUCAAGAAAUCAAUUUGGUGGUCCAAGUGUUAGCACUUCACAAUCUCAGUCUAGUUCAUCAUCUAAAGGAAAUCAAUUUGGAGCUACAAUUGAACAAUCGGGUGUAAUUUUAUCUCAAGGUCAGCCAGAUCAGAGAAAACCAUUAGGACCAGCACAGCGUCCUGGCUUCAGUAGUGGCACGAUUUUUCCAGAAAAUAGAGGAAAUCCUAAUCAACAAUUUGGAAAUGCAAACCUACAAUCAGGUUCUAGUAGCGGUGUAAUACUGUCUGAAGGACCUGUAAGCCCUGGUACGCAGUUCGGGCAACCAAAUCAAGGAAGUCAUUGUGGAAUUUGCGGAUCUCCUGGAAAUCAACUUGGAGGUUUUGGAUCAAGUAGCGGCGUAAUUCUCUCAGAAGAUGCCAGCAAGGGUACUCAAUCAGGACGUCCUCAGCUAAGCCCACAAGGAAAUCAAUUGUCCACUACUAGUAGUGGAAAUGAGUUGUUUAUUGACGAACAAGGGAACUUUCAAAUUGGACAGAUGUCCAAUCAAUUAAUCAAGAACACUGCAACUACUCCAAAUUCUGGUAUACCCCAAACAGUAGGAUCAAUUGGAGCUCCUAUUGGUCUGGCAGGGGGUACAUCCUCCAGUUCAUCCAUUGUUACUAGUCAAACAGGACCUGUUGGCGCGAUUGGUGGAACCUUCAAUCAAGAUGGAAGCACUACUUCUGCUAAAGGAUCCACUCAAACUUUUGGUGGACUUCCGAUCUUCAAUUAAUUAAAGAUUAAACUCAAUAAUUUUAGUUUCUGCAACAAUUACUUAACAACUAUAGAAUUUUAAGGGUAUUUUUCAAAAAUAUUCGUUGAAAAAUAAGACUAAUUUUCUAACGGAGUUUUUCUUCAACAUAAUGACUCAUAAAUAACGACUUUAUUUGUACUCCUAAAAUAAUGAUAAUAAAAAUGCUUAUUUGAAAAUGAAAUUAAAAA